GAUUGAAGUCCAUAAAUCAACUAGCCGAUUGAGAGAAAAUGUAUUUGCAUCUAUACAUAUUUGUUUUUGAAUAAUUUGUAGUUUUGGGGUAUACAAAUGUUUCUGCAUUAAGUACUUUUCCAUUUAACACUUUAACAGCAUGUUACUGAUUAUACAUUUACCUGAUUUACAUUUUCAAUGCAGGAAUUUUUUAUUUCAAAGUGGUAUACAUCAUGUACUUUUAUUCAAGCAGAGGAUCUGAAUACCUAUUCUACCUCUGCAUAACUCCAGCUUACUAUCACUCAUUUAGAAACAUCCCCAUCAUUUUGAAUAAGUCAUAAAAUGAGACAUCAAAUAGGACCAAUUUAGUCUUUUUAGAAGUACAGUUACCCCAGAUGUAUCUCUGAUUAAUACGCAAUAUGUUUUUGUGAUAUUUGCUGCAGUUCACAUCGGUGUGUUGGGCUCGGAGCAACAGCGUGACGUCAGAGUCAAAGACACACAUUGCCUAACUUUUUGGGGUUGACCCCGACAAUAAUUAACCUGAUCUGAUUGUACAAUCCUGAUCGGAGUGUACUUCACUCUGCUUUGUCCUGCAGUAUUUUAAUUCCUGAAAAAAUGUCUGUGGGAUAUCUAGGAUUUGUUCUUCUGCUUUGGUUCCCAGGAGUGCUGCAUGCACACAAUGAAACCCAGAACUGUACUGCUUCCAGUCUGAGUCAAGGUUAUGUUGUCCCUGAACAAAAAACGUACCUUCAUGAAGCAACGCUCACUUACGCCUGUGAUAACGGACUUAAACCAGCAGUGGAGGGCUGGUGGGCGACAAGCAAAUGUCAAAAUGGCAAAUGGUCUCCUGAUCCCCAAUGUAUAGAUGAAAAAGCCUGUGUGUCACUGACUAUCCCAAAUGGAAACUACGAUGCAAGCACAGAUGGUUGGUAUGGGGACAGAGACAAAAUCAGGGUAAAAUGUGACGAAGGAUAUGAACACAAAGACCAUGACGCAGCAGCGCAGUGUAGUGACGGAGCAUGGGUCUCUGUGCCAAUCUGUGAAAGGAGUACCGAAUCAUGUGGUGAUCCCCCUAAAAAAAAACAUGCAGUCAUCAUUGGUAAGGGAUACCAGGAGGUGUUUGCUGCAAGCUCAAAACUGCAGUAUAAGUGUGAAGAUGGAUAUACUGCAGAGGGAGCAGACACCAAAACAAUCUUUUGCAUCUUAGGAAACUGGACUGAAGGCCCAACGUGCAAGGUGGGAACAGGUGGAAGACACACUACAUCUGCUGGCAGUGGGGUACAACCUGCAGGUGGAGACAGAAUACCUGAUACUGGACAUGGUGGAGCCACAGUGGGAGGAACAGAUGGAGGAGACACUACUUCUGCUGGCAGUGGGCGACAACCUGCAGGUCGAGCACACAAUGAAACCCAGAACUGUACUGCUUCCAGUCUGAGUCAAGGUUAUGUUGUCCCUGAACAAAAAACGUACCUUCAUGAAGCGACGCUCACUUACGCCUGUGAUAACGGACUUAAACCAGCAGUGGAGGGCUGGUGGGCGACAAGCAAAUGUCAAAAUGGCAAAUGGUCUCCUGAUCCCCAAUGUAUAGAUGAAAAAGCCUGUGUGUCACUGACUAUCCCAAAUGGAAACUACGAUGCAAGCACAGAUGGUUGGUAUGGGGACAGAGACAAAAUCAGGGUAAAAUGUGACGAAGGAUAUGAACACAAAGACCAUGACGCAACAGCGCAGUGUAGUGACGGAGCAUGGGUCUCUGUGCCAAUCUGUGAAAGGAGUACCGAAUCAUGUGGUGAUCCCCCUAAAAAAAAACAUGCAGUCAUCAUUGGUAAGGGAUACCAGGAGGUGUUUGCUGCAAGCUCAAAACUGCAGUAUAAGUGUGAAGAUGGAUAUACUGCAGAGGGAGCAGACACCAAAACAAUCUUUUGCAUCUUAGGAAACUGGACUGAAGGCCCAACGUGCAAGGUGGGAACAGGUGGAGGAGACACUACAUCUGCUGGCAGUGGGAUACAACCUGCAGGUGGAGACAGAAUACCUGAUACUGGACAUGGUGGAGCCACAGUGGGAGGAACAGGUGGAGGAGACACUACUUCUGCUGGCAGUGGGAUACAACCUGCAGGUCGAGAGGUGGGAACAGGUGGAGGAGACACUACAUCUGCUGGCAGUGGGAUACAACCUGCAGGUCGAGACAGAAUACCUGAUACUGGACAUGGUGGAGCCACAGUGGGAGGAACAGGUGGAGGAGACACUACUUCUGCUGGCAGUGGGCGACAACCUGCAGGUCGAGACGCCAACUGUGGAAAACACCCAAGUCUUCUAAACGGAGAUGUUGUGGAAGUGAGCAGAACAUCUUUGAAAUACGAAUGUAAUGGCUUUUACACACUAGAGGGUCCAGACAUUGUGACGUGUCAAAGCAAUGGCAAGUGGACAGAACCACCAUCCUGCAAAGCGGCUUUCUGUGUCAUAGAUCCUGCUCAAACGAGGAUGGCCAAUCUUAAAAUAUCUCAAGGCCUAGUAUACGUAAAGGAAGGACUGAAUAAGUAUAUUCCGUGUAGAUGGCCUGAUUCCUUCCGCCUUGUUCAAUGCAUUAAUGGAAGAAUUUCCUACACCUACUGUUGUUCGGGAAAUGAUCAUUAUUAUCGAAGCUGCCCAGUGGAGGGCUGGACUGAAAACAGAAGCACAGUUGGAAGCAUUUGAAAUAUCUCCACCAGAGAAGAUAAACACCCAAAAAAACUUCAUUUUUGUAAAUUAUUUUUCUUUUAAAUCAGCUGUUUUUGUUCUUUCAUUUUGAUUGAACAUAUUUACACAAUGUUGAAGCAAAUUGUUCUUUAAGAGUCAUUUUAUGCUUGAAACUCUUGAUGCACUAAUGUCUAUCAACACUUUGAUUAAAAAUAAAAGUGAAAUGGUCUACAGCAGACUGAAUAAA